CGACAUUGGCUCAGAGAGUCACGAGCGACGGAACAAAGGGCUGAGCGUUUCCGGAUUUCAUUUAAUUCCUCAGUCAAGUUGCCUUUCGUUGACAAGUUUUUAGAGGUUUCCAUGGUUACGAAUUUGGUUUUCUUUGGGGUGUAAUUCUCUUUGGAGGAAAAGUCGACAUAGCCAUUUAAACGUGAGACAAGACGACAGAUGACACGAGGCAUAUUAAAGCUUUCUUACCGGAGAGGCGGAAAAUAUUAUUCAUAACAACUACAACACCCGGUCUCGUUUAUCAAGCGGCCAACGAAGGACUUGCAUGGGUCGAAGACGCUAGAAGCCAGCGAAGGACGGACUUGACGGCUCGCUGCAGCUACCCGGUUCACGAUUACAUCUGCAGAACAGACCAGCUUUACCGCUUGCUGCUCAUGUGUGCCUUGGAAUACCCCGGACCCUUUUGCUGGUCGUGGUAGCUCAGCUCGACGGGUUUACUUCAGCGCUGAUAAACGCCCUGGCGGCUGUAAUAGAAAUGUCAAGUUUGUAUGUAGAGUGAGGGGAAGAUAGAGCAAUAUGACCCAGUUUGUGGUAAAUUGUUUAGAGCUGUUUAAUGCUGAUACAUUUAGAUAGUGGGUGAGGGGGUACGGAUUAUCAAUAUGAGUAGCAGCAGGGUAAGUAGCCGAAGGGGCAACUCGGGAUCGACGGACUCGCAGCCAGCUGACAGCAGCCCGACUGACAUGCCCGCCUUCUCUGCCAAAAGGCGCCAAAGCAAGCCGCUGAUCGUCGACGACUAUGGUGACGACGACGACUCUGUUUUGUACAUACCAAGGAAAGUCUCGAUCGUUGCAGCCACCAGCUAUAUCGCUGGAGGAAUUAUCGGGGCGGGAAUAUUCGUCAGCCCCAAGGGAGUACUGAGCGGGGCCGGCUCGGUCGGACUGUCCAUUAUAUUAUGGACGGCCUGUGGGAUAUUCAGCUACACAGGGGCAAUCGCCUAUGCAGAGUUAGGCCUAAGAUUUCCGAAGUCUGGAGGUGCCUAUAUUUACCUACGUGAAUCCAUGGGAAACCUGAUGGGGUUUUUGUACCUAUGGAUUGAGCUUAUCGUCAGACGACCUCUAAUGGGAGCCAUUGGCUGUCUCACCUUUGCCAAAUACGUCAUACAGCCGGCCUUCGGGAACUGUUUGCGUAUUCCAUAUGCAUCUGAGAGACUGGUUGCAGCUGCAACAUUCUGUAUUCUUACCUACCUCAAUUGUCUGAAGGUCAAGUGGGGGUCAAAUUUCCAGGUGGUUACAACUGCCUGCAAACUGACGGCCCUUGUCAUCAUUAUUGUGGCCGGAUUCAUCAACAUUGCUGAAGGAGAUGUAGAAAACUUUACGAAACCCUUUGAGGGAACAUCGAAUAACAUUGGGGAUAUUGCCCUUGGUGCCUAUGCUGGACUGUAUGCUUAUAGCGGUUGGGAUUACCUGAAUUUUGUGACGGAAGAACUGAAAGAUCAUCGAAGAACUCUACCUGUGGCAAUAUUCUUGGGUUUAACCAUUUCCACGGUGGUAUAUCUGCUGACAAACAUCGCUUAUCACGCUGUAUUAACUCCACAAGAAAUACUCCAGGUUGAUGCCGUGGCCGUUGCUUUUGCUGACCGGGAACUGGGCAGGAUCUACUGGACCAUUCCUGUUUUUGUGGCCAUAUCUGUCAUCGGUGCUCAAAAUGUCGGAGUGUUCACAUCCAGCAGGACAUUUUAUGCUAGUGCCCGGGAAAAGGAGUUUCCACCAUGUUUGGCUCUGCUCAACAUCAAACGUUUAACUCCACAACCAGCUUUGAUUUUCAACUGCAUGCUGACUCUUCCAAUGUUCUUCGUCAGUGACUUGCAGUCUCUCAUACAGUACUACGGCUUCAUCCGCUGGGGGAGCCUGGGUUUGCCGGUGCUGGGUUUGAUCUGGUUGAGGUGGAAGGAGAGGAGAAUGGGGCCGAUGAAUGACACAACGGACACUGUGCGGUAUCCGGUCUUCUUCUCCAUCUUCUUUGUGGUAACCUGUGUUUUGGUGUUGGGUGUGUCAUUUUAUGCACAGCCCAUCGCAAACUUAAUAGGCCUUGGAGUCUGUCUACUCGGUAUUCCUUUAUAUUUCUUCGCCAUGAACGUCUCAAAAAGGAGGGGCAAAGUGAAACGAUGGAGUGAUAUGCUUACCUUAUUUUGCCAAAAGUUGCUCAACUGUGCUUUUUGUGAGGAGGUGAACUUUGACGAUUUGUCCGACGGUUUCGACAUCUAUGGAGUGUACGAUGCCUAUAACUGACCAUCAGCAUGUGUUAACCGGUUAUAUUCCCAGUCACGUUCAUUUCAACAGUUCCACAUGGUAGUAGAGUUUCGAGUGAAUUUUAAGCGUGAAAACUGGAUGAGAGUGUGAAUUACUUAUGGGUGGUCGAUAUUAUUGAUAUUAUCCUGAAAAGAAUUGAACGUGGCCUUACAGGGGAUCGCUCAGACGGAUCUGUCAGCUCGCGUGGUACAGCUCUCCGAUUUCACGCUACCCGGGAUGGAUUCAGCGUACGGCGGUUCGCAGUGUUCAAUCACGGAGGCCUGUCUGUACGGUUGUGUAGAGCUGAUUUGAGGAAAUGAACCUCAUCACUGUGUAUUAGUUUCCCAUCCCGUUUUCUCCGUGGAGAUGAAUGCUUAUCGGAACUGUACGCCAAAGUGUGAAAGGGAAUUUCCAAGCCAGAGACUCAUUUAGCGAAUGCUUUUUAGGGUAAAUGGUUGUCAUGUAAAUGCCUUUAGCAACGCACCAAAGCUGUGGUUUGGUAAAGUGUUCCCUUUUGUACAAAGAUACGGAAUUUCCAAGGCAGCUCAUCCUAGUGCCAACACAGUUAUAAUGACAUACAGUAGGCUCCUUUAUUGGAAUCCUUGGCUUGUUGCAUGUUCCUUUAUUGGAAUCCUUGGUUUGUUGAUGGCUUCACUUUUUGAAUCCUGGGCUUGUUGGAGGUCCCUUUACUGGAAUCUAUUGGAAUCUUGGCUUCUGGUAGGUUCCACUGUUGGAAUCCUCGGCAUGUUGUAGGUUCUUCAAUUAAAAAGCCUUGGCUUAUUGCAGGUUCCUCCAUUUAAACUCUCGGCUUGUUAUAGGUUCCUCUGAUGGAAAUCUCGGCUUGUUGGAGGCUCCUCUAUUUGAACCCUCGGCUUGUUGUAGGUUCCCCUAUUAGAACCGACUGUUUAUUGUAGGUUGAGGGUUUAAGCUGGAGACUAAAUUCUCACUCCAAGGUUCCAUAAUGUAUGGUAAAGUCUUAAAUAUCAAACAGUAAUUUUUCCCCACGUUUGUAUACGUUUCACAGUUUAACAGAGGUUAACAUAUAUUUUCAUACUUGAAUGCUUGGUAACUUGGGGAUAAUGGGGUUUUCGAUAACCGGGGUAAAUCGGGAUAAUGAAUCGUGGUGCAUCCAUCAAGCUGACACUUUGUUGCACCCUGUCUUCUGGUUCUUCUAAACAGUCCCUCUAAUCGUAACUGUUUCUUAAUCGGUUAACUAUCAUUUGUUGUACAUCUCUUCCGUCACAUUCCACUUGUAAUUACUUUGUAAGUAUCUUAAAGGAAAAGACAUUUGAAUUCCAAGGUGGGCUUUAUAGACCAUACCAUCAGAGGUUAGGAACUCGUGUAUAGGACUUCACAGGAAGUUUUCCAACUCUAAUCACAACAUUGAAUGUUGGAAUAAUUCUUUUUACCCACGAGUAAAAUAUUACUGAUAAAACAUUUCCAAAAAUUCCUUCCUUCUGGUAAACAUCAGGAAAAACUGGCGAUGUGACGUCAGAAUUCCUAGAUACCACCAAUUUGGCUAAUUAUACCCACCUUACUAUGAAAAUAUUUCAAUACUUUUCAACACUCUUAAAAAUCUGAAAAGUUAAAUAAAGUAUUUUUACGCAUAGUUUUCAAUUGUCUGUAUGAUAAACCUUACUUCCCAUUAUAGCUUUCUUUUACUUUAAACAAAGUUGUUUGUCCAGUUUUAUAAACGCGCAUGAUUCCUGUCUUUAGUUGUCGACCAACGACAAUGGUGAUUUAUGAAUUAAAAUCAUUUAAUUGUCAUUAUCAUUUACCUGUUGUGGUUGUUAAACCACUUAAACAAGAGUUACGCCAAGUAUUAACUUUAAUUCAAUCGUGCUUAAAUUCCAUUUGCCUUCGUUUGGAAUGCUGUCAGAAUGGUAUUAAUAUAUAAGUGUCUCUUAAUUCUACUACUUUAGACCACGGACUGUGACAUCUGUAUUGUUAGUCAUGCUGUACCUAUUUGCCAAGUAAAUAUGUUUGUAUAUGUAUAUACAGAUUUUAGUUACUGGCGCCACUGAUUUUUUCAAACGAAACUAAAGAUCUAACUAUAUUGUUGUCUUGAAUGUCACUUAAACCAACACCAAAUUGUUAUUAGUUAUUGGUUCGGGGGCAAUAUGCACUAAGAGGCAAUGUUAACCCCACUUGUUAUGGGUUUUCUAUAAAUCGACAUGUGAUAAAGUUUUUGAAGUUUUAUCUGUUUUUCUAUUGAAAGAUCUUCUGGUUCACAUCUUGGAAUCUUUCUGUUUUUGUUUUGUAUCAAUAUAGUGUGCUCAAUCCAUCCUGUCUCACUGCAAAUGUUGUACGUCACUUUUCCAUUUACGGAGUACCUCAUCGGUGAACGAAUCUACAUAUUGUAUAUAACGCCGCGUAAGUUCGUAUCUCGCUUCUGUCGCGUUUCAGAAAGGCGACCUGCAGUCUUUUGCUAUGAUACUUUAAGAUGUGCAGAAAACUGACUUUCCGAAACUCGUGGAGACGGGGUGUAUUGUGGUCAGUACGAAUCAGAUAUUUUCUGAAAUGUAAGACAUAUACAUACGUCGAAAUACAUUGUAAUUACGACAAUACGAACCAAAUAAAGCAAUUUUGUAUUCAGCAUAGCAGUACGUUAAUGAAAAUUGUCGACUUCCUCCCUGUAAUAAAUAUAAUUAUGUUCUAUAGUUUACUGCUGUUUUACAUCGGUGAGCUCUCACCGUGAGAGUUACAUGUGCCUGUUAGCACAGCUGGUAUCACCAGAUGCCGAUUUCUCCAGUUAUACACGUUUGACUGUAUAAUGAGCCAAUGAGUAAUACGUACUUAUCAUGUGGGAUGUAGAUUAACUUGUCAGGUGAAGAUUAGAAUUUUUAUACAAUAAAGGAUAUUUUAGAAAA